GAGGAUGAGAAGGAGGGUGGGGAAGCAUGCACACAUCGCCUCCCCUUCCAUCGCGCACAGUUCAUCCUGCAAAGCAAAGGAAACUGUGCAAGAGGGACAGGAAGCGCGCACCUAAGAUUGAGAAAUUGUUUUGCAAGGCUGCUUGGAGGCGAAGGGGGAGGUGGGGCAGCCAUCUCAGAAAUGGAUUUUGCAAGGAGCUGAGCUCUUUGCAUCGCGCUCCUAGGCUGCCGCUUCUUGCCUUUCCCUCCUUCAGCCCCGCUCUCGAUUCCCCCUUUGGGCAGCAGCACGUGCUGAAAGGGCCCUCCGAAGAGCCACAAUGUCACCCGAUGAAGUCAUCUACUUGGCAGUCCUUCUCGUUUCCAUCCCCAUCGGCUUCCUCUUCAAGAAAGGGGACCUGAGGAUCAAGCAGUUUGGAGGGGCAGCUGCGGGGCUCGUGCUCACGCUGGCCACCUGCCACAUCCACACCCUCCACUCGCUUAUCACCAUCUUGGGGACUUGGCUGAUAAUCAACAUCUCACCAAGGGCCUGUCACUACCUGACACUUGGCUGGACCUUUUCCUACCUGCUCUUUUUCCGCACAAUCGCCUACUUUGGCUUCCCAGAGCCAACACCUUUCACCAAUGCAGUGCAGCUCUUACUCACUCUCAAGAUGGUGAGCUUAGCCAAUGAAGUACAAGAACUCACUUGGGCGAAGAAACAGGAUGUGACAUCAUUUGCCAAGAGUCCACUGAUUGGCGUGAUCCCUAAAAUGCCCGGACUGGUGGAGAUACUGUGCUACAGUUAUUGCUAUGUUGGGCUCAUGACAGGCCCGUUUUUUCGCUACCGUACUUACCACGAUUGGCUGAACCAGCCUAACUCCACAAUCAUCCCUAGCUGGAAACCGCUGCUUUCGAGAAUGAAAAUGAUCCCCAUCUUUGGGGUCUUUUUCCUGGUGGCAUCUCACUUCUUCCCCCUCCAAUAUGUCCGGAGCGACGCCUUCUACGAACGGGGACUUCUGUUCCGAAUCUUCUACAUGAUACCCAUCUUCUUCGUCUUCCGCAUGCGCUUCUAUGUCGCCUGGCUCUGCGCUGAAUGCGCCUGCAUUUCUGCUGCCUUUGGUGCCUAUCCAACCACCGCCAAAUCACGGUCAGGCGGUGGGCCCACUGUGGAAUAUGUGCCGAUCAGCAGCAACUCAGAUGAAGGGGGAGCGUCCAGCAUCACCUAUGAUUAUGAGACAAUCAAGAACAUUGAUCCACAUGGCACUGACUUCUGUGUCAAGGUGAAGGAUGGCAUGCGCUACUGGAACAUGACUGUCCAGUGGUGGUUGGCGCAGUACAUUUACAAAAGCGCACCCGUCCGGUCCUAUGUCUUAAGGAGUGCCUGGACCAUGCUCAUCUCUGCAUACUGGCAUGGGAUUCACCCCGGCUACUACCUCAGCUUCCUUACCAUCCCACUCUGCCUAGCAGCUGAGGGGGCGAUGGAGAGCGGCUUCUUGAGGCACCUGACCCCUGCCGGCCGUCUCUAUGGCGACUGGGUGCAGUGGUUCCUGAAGAUGAGGGCCUACGACUACAUGUGCAUGGGCUUUGUGCUGCUCACCUUCGAGGACACCGUCCGCUACUGGAGCUCCAUCUAUUAUUGCAUCCACUUGGGGGCAUUGGCCAUCUUCCUGCUGGGGAAAGGGCUGGGGCUCCAGAGAGGGCAAGCCUCCCAGAAGGACAAAGAUGGCGCUUUGGAGAAACCCCAGCGGCAGGAGUGAUGCGGCUGAGGCAAGGCCGACAUAAGCCCGCAAUGUGGAGUGCUGCCGAAGGCCCUGGAGGCUGAGGGAGCAGAUGAGACUCAACAUAAGACUUGUUUUUUUAACGUGUGUUUCAUCGUUGAAACCAUCGUUGAGGAUCCGACUAUAAGGAACCGGGAGUUGUGUCUUGAAAACUCAGCUCC